AUGCCCAGCCUGCCAGCGUCCGUCGAUCUCGACGAGUGCAUCGCGCGGCUCUACAAAAAGGAGCUCCUCGCCGAGUCGGUCAUCGAGGCGAUAUGCGCCAAGACGAAGGAGCUGCUCAUGCGCGAGAGCAACGUCGUCCACGUCAAGGCGCCCAUCACCGUCGUCGGCGACAUCCACGGGCAGUUCUUCGACCUGAUUGAAAUUUUCCGCAUCGGCGGCUACUGCCCCGACACGAACUACCUCUUCCUCGGCGACUACGUCGACCGCGGCAUGUUCAGCGUCGAGACCAUCUCCCUCCUUGUCUGCUUGAAGCUACGAUACCCCGAUCGCGUGCAUUUGAUUCGCGGGAACCACGAGUCUCGCGGCGUCACCCAGUCGUACGGCUUCUACACCGAGUGCUCGCGCAAGUACGGCAACGCCAACGUGUGGCACUACUUCACCGACAUGUUUGACUUUCUCACGCUGAGCGUCGUCAUCGACAACCAAAUAUUCUGCGUCCACGGCGGCCUGUCGCCGUCGAUUCACUCCAUCGACCAGAUCAAGAUCAUCGAUCGAUUCCGCGAGAUCCCGCACGAGGGUCCCAUGGCCGACCUCGUCUGGUCCGACCCGGACCCCGAGCGAGACGAGUUCUCGCUCUCGCCGCGGGGCGCGGGCUACACGUUUGGCGCCCAGGUGGUGAAGAAGUUCCUCGCCGUCAACGGCAUGUGCCACAUCCUACGCGCGCACCAGCUGUGCCAGGAAGGCUUCCAGGUGCUCUACGACGACCGGCUGAGCACGGUGUGGAGCGCGCCCAACUACUGCUACAGGUGCGGCAACAUGGCGAGCGUGCUCGAGGUGAGCGACGGCGGGGAGAGGUUCUUCAACGUCUUUGCCGCGGCGCCGGAGAACGACGUGCACAAGGACCAGCAGCCGGGCGGCGAGAAGUCGGCCGACGGCAACGCGCUGCCGGACUACUUUCUGUGA